AUAGAAACAGCAAAAGAGGAACCCAAAAGCAUCAAUUUAUGGGUAAUAUACUACUCAUAGUAUUUCACUAAAACCGAGGUUAAAUUCAUUGGAUGCCACCAUUUUUUUUUCCUGUUUUCUUUUCUGUUCAGGCUAACUGCCAUAACUGUGCUUCCCCUGCCUAAAAAAACAAAUACCACACCAUUCCUCACAGUCUCUGCUGCUUUUUUCUUGAAAAGGAAAUUAAAAAGAACAAGAUUUUUCUUUUUUCCAAUUUAAUAAAGAAAAAUAAAAAAUAAAAAGAAACAAGAGUUUUCCCUUUUCCAAAUUAUAUAUAAGUGUCGAGCUUCAAUUUUUUACUAGGAGCAUAUUUAUAGCAUAUUCUUUAGUUUCACCAACUUGACCAAAGUUUCUUCCUUUCUUACAUUUGACCUUUUGUUGGCUAUAAUUAUAUACCUCCCUUUGAUUUUCUUCGAGUUUUGGAGCUGAAGUUUUAAUCGUUGCUAUACUUUGUGUAAAGCCUUUUGAUUUCUUGAGUUUCUUUGCCUGCAAUUUUGUUAUUUGGAGCAUACUUAGAGCAUAUUGUUUAGUUAUACGACCCCUUUUGAUAUAUUGGUGUAAUUGUGCUAAAGUUUUAAUCUUUUAUAUACUUUUUGUAAACCCUUUUGUUUUUUUGAGGUUCUUUGCCUAGAAUUUGGUUUUUAAGAGCAUAUUCUCUAGUUAUAUGACCCCUUUUGAUUUUCUUGGGGCUAUUUUGCAAAAGUUUUAAUCUUUGAUAUAUUAUUUGUAAACCCUUUUGGUUUCUUGAAGUUUGGAGUUUGAUUAUUUGGGGCAUGCAAAUUUGUUUGCUAUAGUUAUAUGACCCUUUUUGAUUUCUUGGGGUUUUGGAGCUAAAGUUUUAAUCUUUGCUAUACUUUUGUUAAACCCCUUGAAAUUCUUGAGGUUUGGAGUUUGAUUAUUUUGGGACAUGCAAAUUUGUUUGCUAUAAUUAUAUGACCCCUUUUGAUUUUCUUGAGGUUUUGGAGCUAAAGUUUUAAUCGUUGAUAUAUUUGUUGUGGACCCUUUUGAUUUCUUGAGAUUUGGAGUUUAAUUAUAUUGGGGCAUGCAAAUUCUUGAAUGAGAUAUGAAGUAUUCUGGGUUUGUUGUGUCAAUCUUGGUUUGGUUUUUGGUUUUUGUUAGCCUUGUUGAGGUUAAUAAGGGUCAAAUUCCAACCACACUCGAUGGACCUUUUAAGCCAGUGACUGUACCUUUGGACCAAAGUUUUAGGGGACAUGCUGUUGAUUUACCAGACACUGACCCCAGAGUUCAAAGGAAAGUUAAAGGAUUUGAGCCUGAGCAGAUAUCUGUCUCACUUUCUUCUACUUAUGACUCUGUUUGGAUUUCCUGGAUUACAGGGGAAUAUCAAAGUGGUGACAACAUUAAACCAUUGGAUCCAAGUAAAGUUGGCAGUGUUGUUCAAUAUGGGAAAGAUAAAUCCACGUUAAGGCACAAAGCAAUCGGCGAGUCCCUUAUAUAUAAUCAACUUUAUCCAUUUGAAGGACUUCAGAACUACACUUCUGGAAUCAUACACCAUGUUCAACUUACAGGUAUGCUAGCAGAAACUGAACAGCUGUUCUUCUGUCCUAGCUGAGAUUGCGUUCUGCUAGUUCGAUGUUUAGUACAGUCUCUGAGAUCUCAACUAGUAAACUUGCUACUUUUGA